CGCCAUGCCGGAGGACAGGACCUGGGAGGCGUACAAGGUGCCCCCGACCCGCACCCCCGUCUCCGAGAGGACCACGUCGGUGCCCAACCCGGUCUCUUUUAUCCAGACCGUCUUCAACUAUGUCAUCGACGCGCCCGUCACCUUCGUCCGAGAGUGGAUCGAGCGCCAGCAGGCCAAGAACAAGUUGUACUAUUACCACCAGAAGUUUCGCCGUGUGCCUGACCUGAGCGAGUGUCUGGAGGAUGACUACCUCUGCUUCUUCGAGGCUGAAGCACAGUGGAAGAGGGACAGGAUGGUUGAUCAGGAAAUCGUGGAGAUAAUUCGGGAAAGAAUGGGCGCAUGCAAUCAGAGAGAAGGACCCAACCGGUUACAGAACUGCGCUAAGGAGGCAGAGCAGCUGUUGCAGGUCACCAAGGCCUACCAGGACAAAUAUGGUGAUCUUGGUGUCCAUGGAAAUGCAAGAACAUGCCUGAUGAAGCAGAAGCACAGGAUGAUGGAGGAGAGGAAGGCACAAGCAGAUGCGUCUCAGGAGACCUAAAUGGUUAGUCCCUCCCUCUGUGGUGCUUGUAUCAAAUACUGCAUGUUGCAUCUUUGAUGCUGUUGACCUCUACAAUAAAUGUGCAGCCAGACUCUGCCAUA